AUGGAUGAAGAGAAGGAUGUCCCGACCCCCCGGGUGAUUGAAAACCUGACCGACCUGCACGAGUACAAUGAGGCGGAAGGCUAUGUGAUCACCGACACGGCGCAUCUCAACCUCAAACACGCCCCUGAUGGACAGACGAUCCUGCUUCCUCAGCCCAGCGACGACCCCAGGGACCCUCUCAAUUGGAGCUGGGUCAAGAAACACACCAUUCUCAUCAUCAUAUCCAUGACCGCCUUUCUGCCGGACUAUGGCUCCGCUACCGGUGCUGUUACAUUGCUCCCCCAAGCUGAGGUUUACGGGCUUAGCCCGGACACCGUGAAUCACUCUCAAGUGGGCAACGUCUUCAUGCUCGGUGCUGGAGGCGUCGUCGUUGUCGCACUCUCGGCCUACUUCGGCCGCCUGCCGGUGCUGUUCUACUUCCUCGUCCUGGCAACUGCGACGGCAAUCUGGUGCGCGGCCGCGGCCAGCUUCGAGUCCUUCAUGGCGGCGAGAAUCCUCAAUGGCUUCUUCAGCACUGUGGCACAGGGUGGAGGGCUCAUGUUCAUCUAUGACAUGUUCUACUUCCAUGAGAGAGCUCGCAAGAUCAAUAUCUGGGCGGCAUUUAUCAUUCUCUCGCCGUACUUCGGCCCGCUCUUUGCCGCUUUUAUCAUCUCGACCCAGAAGUGGCAGGUUCCAUUCUGGGUCUAUGUGGCCGAGACGGCUCUUUGCUUGGUGCUUACGAUCCUAUUCGUCGAGGAGACAUACUACGACCGCCGACUGCCCAUCGACUCACAGCCAGCGAACGGCUCCCGCAUCUCUCGCCUGCUGGGAGUAUCACAGUUCAAAUCACGACACCUCCGCAACAGCUUCGGCCAGGCGAUGCUCCGGCCCGUCAAAGUGCUCCUGAAGCCGACUGUCUUUUUGUCGAGCUUUUAUUAUUUACUGACCUUCGCUUGGGUUGUCGGAAUCAAUACCACGCUUGCCAUCUUCCUCACUCCGCUGUACAACUUCAAGGCUCUGCAGAUCGGGUACUUCUACUUCACACCCAUUGUGGCGGCUUUGCUGGGUGAGAUCAUUGGCCAUUGGUUGCACGAUCAAAUCGCCAACCAGUACAUCAAGUCGCAUGCCGGUCAUUUCGAGCCUGAGGUGCGUCUACGGGCGAUCUAUGUCAGUACGCCGUUCAUGCUCGCGGGGCUUGUUGGUUUGGGGUUUGCACUGGAGGAGGCUUUCCAUUAUAUGAUAACGAGCUUGUUCUGGGGCUUGUAUGUGUUUGGGAUUAUGAUUACCACUGUGGCUCUCAAUGCCUACAACCUCGAUAGCUAUCCAGAAGCCUCUGGAGAGGUAUCGGCAUGGAUCAAUAUGGCCAGAACGACUGGCGGCUUCAUCAUCAGCUAUUUCCAGGUAACAUGGGCAAAUGCGCAAGGCACCAAGGUCAGCUUUGGCAUUCAGGCAGCGAUCUGUGCAGGAGCUUUCCUCAUUAUCGUUGCACUUCAGUUCGUCGGGAAGUCCUUGAGAGUCAAGAGUGGACCUUUGAAAUUCGCUACUGCUUAG